AUGUCAUCAAAACAGGCACAACUUAAAGAAGAGGUCACAGUCCAACCAGAUGCGCUCACAGUCAGACCGCCACCAUCACCUACCCGCACAAUUGAACCAUUUAACUUCCUCCUCCCAACUACCGACUCCAAUUUCUCCACCCAAAACCAAGCUCUCAUAAUCCUAAAUCAAAAAAUCGAUGUCGACAUUAUAAACAUCUGGCAUAAAUGUGAACUAAUAGUCUGCGCCGAUGGAGGUGCAAACCGUCUAUUUGACUAUUUUAACGACUACGACUCCCUUCCUAGAUCGAAAUAUAUCCCACAAUAUAUUGUCGGAGAUUUGGAUUCAAUUCGUCCGGAUGUAUCUGAUUAUUAUUCUUCACAAGGGUCUAGAGUCAUAUUACAACUGUCUCAAUUCUCGAAUGAUUUCGACAAGGCAAUUGUCACCAUCCAGCUUCAUUAUGCUUUAGGACAGGAACAGAAAUCAAUUCCCGAUGAUGUGAAUGAUGACGAUGGUUUAAGUGUCCUUUGGGACGAAUUACUCGAGAAGAAUAAAGGUGAAGCUGUUAAAGUUAAGAUAUUUGUUAUGAACGGUAUUGGUGGUCGAUUUGACCAAACCAUUCAUUCAAUUAGUCAAUUAUAUAUCCUUGCUCGAACAUGUCCAAAUUUGGACUUAUUAUACAUCACACGUAAAGAUGUGAUUUUUCUCAUUCAUCGUGGACUCAAUUAUAUCAAAUUUGAUUCCCGGGAAGUGUUUCAUAAGGCAAGAGGCGGUGAUGGGGAUAUACCUGCGUGUGGAUUAUUACCACUUGGGAAUAAUGAAGUUGUUUUGAGUACUUAUGGAUUGAAAUAUGAUGUGACUAGAUGGAGGAGUGAUAUGUUGGGAAAAGUCAGUACUUCGAAUUAUAUUAGUGGUGUAGAUGGGUUUACCGUUGAUGCAUCUGAUGAUAUUGUUAUGAAUAUUGCCAUUACUUUAUAA